AUGAGGUUCACUAAAGCAUUUUCCCUUGGACUUUCCGCCUUGGUCUUGGCCAAGGAAAUCCCCAAAGAUCUGGAAAUGGCAGCGGCUCUUUACGAUAAUGGGUACAUGCACGAAAAGAUCAUGGGUGAGAAGGAAACCUUUUGGGCUGCAAGAGAUGCAGAGCAGGUUGAGAUAAAUGCCCAAAACGCAUUGAUGGGGGCAGAGGCCAUCGUAGAUCCCUGGGUUGAGCUUCAUUUUGCUCAGUGUAGGUCAGUAGAGCCACAUACGUUUAUUCAACAUGUGAUAGUACUGAUUGAUUUUGAAAGAGAUGGAAGGGCAGUUCCGUUCCGCGACCAAGCCACAAACUUCUUCCGUUGCAACAAUGUAUGUUUUUCACGCCAACGUAGUAAGGUUUACUCAGCUGACAUACUUUCUUGCACAGAUCAACUUGCAUCAUUUCCUUUCUCACACAGCUCUUGGAAGUCAGAUGACGCCAAAUACAUCAAUUGGCUCAUCCUCAUGGGGAUGGGUCUCAGACGACGGCCGUGAAUUUGCUAUCAUUGCACAAGCCGAUGGAGCUGCAUUUGCAGAGGUAUAUCUUGAUGGCAUGGCUAUAAAUGCAUAAGAAUCAUUAACUAACGGCAAUUCAGGUUACCAAUGCAGGAAAACUACAAUACCUUGGACGUCUCCCUCAAACACCAGGCGCAGCAGCCGCCGUUUGGAGAGAAAUCAGACGCUUCAAGCACUACAUCAUCGUUGGAUCAGAAUCAUAUAACCAUCACAUUCAAAUCUUUGAUCUGAAGAAGCUUCUUGAUCUAGACUACAGAAAGGGACCGAAGACCUUUGACCCGGCCACUGACUUGACUGGAUUCUAUGGAAACCUUCCGGACGGUCGUGCACACAAUGUGCUCGCCAAUGACGAUUCAGACUUCGCUUAUGUUGUUGGUGCAAGACCAAGAACUUCAGCUUGUCAAAGUGGAUUGAUUUUUUUGAACCUGACUGAUCCAAGUGCUCCUGUCUCACCUGGUUGUGCCCCCAUGGAUGGUUAUGUUCACGAUGCUCAAUGCUUGAUGUACAAAGGACCAGAUACCAGAUACUUGGGCAGGGAGGUUUGCUAUGCCUACAACGAAGACUCGCUUUCCAUCUGUAAGAACCCUCCUAACAUGCACAUUUGAAUUACUCGAGGCUAAACAUAAUCAGACGAUGUCACCGACAAACAAUUCCCUGAGCUAAUCUCAGUCACUGGUUACGAAGGAGCAACAUAUGCCCACCAGGGCUGGGUUCUCGACAAGGAAUGGCAGAACUUUCUCAUCCUUGAUGACGAAUACGAUGAAAUUGACGGCAGAUCCCCCGGUACACCCGGCCACGCUAUCACUUAUAUUUGGGAUAUCUCCGACCUCGAAUCACCCAAACAAACAGGUUAUUACGAGGCACCAAGAAUUGCCAACGACCACAACCAAUAUGUGUACGGCAAUUACGCUUAUCAAAGCAACUACGGUGCUGGUAUAUCUGUCUUAGAUAUCUCCAGUAUCCCAGGUAACCCAACUGGGAGUGGUGUCACGGAGUUUGCGUGGUUUGAUAUGUACCCAGAAAGUAAGGAACUUCUACGAACCAUGUUGAGAUCACACUGAGACUAACACAUCUUUAGACGACAACUCGACGGGUAUUUCCGCUCUGGGUUUCGUAGGAGCUUGGUCAUCUUAUGCUGGGUUCCCAUCAGGACACAUUAUCAUUAACUCCAUUGAGCGUGGUGCUUUUGUUGUUAAGAUCCAAAACCCGGCCUAA